AUGUAUAAUAUAAAUAAAUAAAUAUGAAUGUAAUAAAUAUCUAAAUAUAAAUAUUGUCAGCUAAAUUAGAAAAUCUUAGAACUCCAUCGGACGUCCGAUGGAAUAAGUGAGUCCCAGAUGCGCACAGUAAUAAACGGACACAGCAGGCUGAGUGAAACGGACAGCGCGAAAAUCAAGCGAGCACGAUGACACCGAAGAAAAAUUUGGUAAUUAUUUAGAUUAGGGGACACCGCGCCGAUGACCUUGAGCUUGACAUAUGUUGUCAAGGACAUGACCCUGAGUAACAUUUCCUUAUAACUUAAUUGGCGGUCAUUGUUCGUUAAAAAUUAUUAACAAAAGAAGUUUAAAAAUAUUGGGCCCAACUUUACCAGUAAAUUUAUUUUCAGGUUAUAUGUUAAAUUAUAACCACUAUUUUCAUUAAAUAAUAAUAAUGCACUUGCAAUGCAGCAUUUUUGCUCAUUAUAAGUAAGAAUUGGUACAUUUGGGGCAUUAUCGUGAACUCUGCUUUGCAUUAUCAUGAAAUCUACUUUGCUUUAAUUUCUAAAUUGUAGUUGUGCGUUUGCAGGCGAUUCUGUCGCAGAUAGAUGGAAAAAUAUUAAAUAAACUUUUAUAAAUAACCAUAAAAAAGUCCAAAAACAAGUUCAAUGGAGCAAAUAGGGACGGCAUUCAUGUACCCAAGUGGCAAUAAAUUUCUCUUUCUUGAAAAAGCCUGUGUUCAAGCAGAAUCCUCGUCAAAUCUACUAGUAGUAUGGAAUCAGAGGGCUACGAAUGCAGAAUCGGUGGUAUCUAUCUACUUUGAUGUAAAUCUGCAGCGAUUUUCGAUGAUCCCUGCUGAUGAUCCGGACAAAGAUUUGCAAGCUAUGGGUAAGGAUGCUGCAACAAUUGUAUCAGCAUCCUACACCAUCAAUUUCUCUGGUUACCAAUUCCUCUUCUACAUCUUCAUCUCUGAUGAGUCCUCCACCUACGUCCCACCUAAGCGCCAACAGUCCUCGACCUUUGACUUCAUCUGUGUGAUUGUCCCUCCUCCUCGCCCAGUAUCUGCCCCUUGCAACAAUUUGUACGAAAACAAAAAAACCAAACGAAAGUCAACUGCCAUUAUGGAGGAAGCAAUUAAUCUAAUCCAAAAAACUAGUCAGCCACUGCCUCCUCGUCCACAAAAAGAUGAUGCGGACAUUUUUGGCAAUCUCGUUGAAACUCAUCUUCGAGGUUUGGAACAAGAAAAACGAAAACAAUGUGAAAAUGAGAUUUUGAUAGUUCUUACCAGAUAUUAAAUCAUGUUUUUUCCUUUUUGAACUUUGAAUGCACGUUGCAAGAAGAUUUUCAAAUUAAAUUUAUUCAAUUUUAUUUUUAUUUAUAAUUUAUUUUCUCAGUAUUAUCUCGACCAAAAAUGUCAAAGAAUUUACCUAACUUGUUGUGACUAGUUAUGUAGAUUUUAUUUAGGUUUAAUUAUGUAAGAUUUUAUUUAGGUUUAAUUGUGUAAAUUAUUAUUGUACUAUAAAAAUCUUUGUUAUGUAGAUUUUUAUAAUGUAAAGAAAAAAGAGCACUCACAAACUUGUUACAUGCCGACCGUAAAUGGCAGCAUUAAUUACACGAGUAAUCAAAGAGAAUUUGAUUAAUUUUUUUUAAAUGACUGUGAUCUAUAUUUUGUGUGCCACUAGUUUUAGUUGUAGAAAAACACAUAUUUUAUGUUUUUUAAUUAAUUUUAACUAUUUGUCAAUUAUUGUAAUUGAUUUUAAUUGUUCUAAUUAAUUGCUUUCUCACGUUUAAAAUUGGUAUAUUGCAAUAAAAAUGCUUAUUACAGAAUUACUUGUUCAACUUUUAUUUUGGUGGAUAACUAUAACAUUUCUCUAUAUCAUCGCUUUAAUCACAGGUCUACAUAAAUAGUAAAUUUUUACAAUUCUUACUAUGUUAAAAAUGAGUAAAAAAAUUCGUUUUUAUGCAUACAUUAAUGUCUAAAUUUAUGCCAUUAAGAAUGAAUUAUUUGCAUCUGCCACGGUACAGCUCCUACUGUAUUUAAAUAUGCACACCACAUA